CUAGUAGCGUCUACACUGCCGGAAACCUGCAAGAAGAAUAAGAGGACUUUUAUGUCUGUUUUGCGAUGUGACCUCAUAAGGCGGCGCCGUGUUCCUGUAUCUGUUGUUUUUUGGCUGAAGAAAGAAAAAUUCUUGGUGAAGCGACUGAGAUCCACGUGACACUGUUAUAAAGAUGGCGUUGAUUAUACAGGAGAGUGAAGACAUAAAGAUUGUAGAAGUUUUCAGCAUGAACCAAGAAUACACUAAGGAACAAACAGACCAGAUGGCACUGAAAGAGGAGAAUGAAGAACUGAAAGAAGUUGAAGAGAAAAAUCGAUAUGAGCGACAUGAUUUCAUGGCUGUAGGAAAAUCCAAACGGACUGAAAGAAAUUCAGUUCGGAGGAUUAGACCUAACCAAAACCUCCCUUGCCAUCAAUGUGGAAAGCAUUUCUCACAAAGAGGAAACCUUAAUGAACACAUGAAAAUUCACACUGGAGAGAAGCCUUUCAUCUGUCAACACUGUGGAAAGAGGUUUGUUAAAAAAGGAAACCUUAAAGAACACAUGUACGUUCAUGUUGAAGAGAAGCCAUUCACGUGUGAUCUGUGUGGACGUGGUUUCAAAUUUGAAGAAGGCCUUAAUAACCACAUUAGGAGUAAACAUUCAGGAAAAGACUGUUUUGAAUGUCGUCCGUGUGGAGAGCGUUUCAGUUCUAAAGUAAAACUCUACAGUCAUAUUAGACUUCACACUAAAGAGAAAGCGUGUGAAGAUGCCUUCUUACAAGCAGGAAAUCUUCAGAACAUUCACACUGCAGAGAAAACUUUCAAAGAGUUUCAGAAAUAAAACAACCCAUGUUUCACAUAUGAGAAGUCAAACAGGUGAGAGUCCUUCCACAGAAAUGGUAUUCAUUACUGUCAAGUGACAUCACUGGGGAUGUUGAUAUUAACGGUUGAUGUAGCUGCAACGUCAGUAAAACUCUGUACUAACUUGGACAGUUGUGUUGCUUCAUCAUGUCCCAAUUUCUUAAGCUAACCAAAACAAUGUGGUGAUCUAUGUUGUCAAAACGCUAAUAGUGUUAGAAGAAAGAUGUACUCAUGAUUGGAUGCCAAAAGAAGGUCAUGCAUCACUUCAAUAAAUGAUUUGCUUAAAUCCCAACUGCAACUGUUCACAAGUACCAUUACAUAGUAAAGAGGACUCUAAUAUUUUAGACAGGAAUGGCAGAUUCAGGACUGGUUUAUAAUACUGUUUUGUUGCAUAAUAUUGGGUUUGAUGUUUUAAUUCUCAUAUCUUGUUUUUUGAUGUCUGUUGCAUUGAAUUUUACAUUGCUUUAAUCUUGUUUUCGUUCUUUUUUCACUUUAGACCUGAUGGUACUGAAAGAAACCUGAUGAUCUGCUUUGCUAUAAUUCAGUUGUUCUCAAACAUUGUUUUUUUCUCAAAGACACACCUUUGUUACUUUGAAACUUUGCAGAUUUUUACAUUCUCAAACCCUAAAAUCUAAUAUCCCAAAAAAAGUAAUUAAUUAAACUUAUUAUACUUCUUUCUGUCAUAGACAAAUGCCGUAAUGUAAAAGAAAUUAUAUAAAUAAAAGGACAUUCAAAUAAUAAAUGUU